AUGGAGGUAAGACAGUGGGUUGAGAAGAGACCCAGACAAAGACUGGACUCCUCUAACUCAUUAGAUUCAGAUAUAUUGGAACCCUCUGGAGAAUUCAAGAUCUUGGACCUGGUAGAUUCCUGUGAGAGUGAAGGUGAAAUGCUUUCUGAAUACCUGGACUCCGAAUCAGUGGAGAAACUGAUUCUAAUGGUAAGAAGGACACUAGAAAUUUCUGAAGAUACACACACAGUGGAGGGAUCAGUUAAGCAUGUUGCUGAUCUGCACAAGCAAAAGCUGUCUUUCCCACUCUAUAGAGCCAUUAAGGAGAAAGUGACAUCCAAAUGGAAAAGACCAGAGAAACGUCUUCUCUUUCAGGGUAAACUGGCAAAGUUCUAUCCAUUAGAAGAAGAUACCUCUAGGAUGUGGAUAACCCCACCGAAGGUAGAUGCUCCUAUCUCACGAGUGGCGAGAAAGGUGAUGUUACCUUUAGACAGUACUGCUUCAUUGAGGGAACCAAUGGACCGCAUGUUGGAUAUUCAUUUAUUCUAA